AUGUUUACGGGAUUAGUUGAGGAGAUUGGCGUCGUCGCCGAGCUCAACCCCCACGACGAAACGGGCGGCACAUCCCUGACCAUCGCGCUCCCCCCGUCCUCGACGCUGCUCGAGGGCGCUCUCCUCGGCGACAGCAUCUCCGUCAACGGCGUGUGUUUAACCGCGACUCACCUCAGCACCACCUCUGAUACCAAGCAACCGUGCUUCACCGUGGGCAUCGCGCCCGAAACCCUGCGUCUGACGAACCUAGGGGAUCUGAAAAAGGACUCGCCGGUCAACCUCGAGCGGGCCGUCCGCGCCGACACCCGCAUGGGCGGGCACUUCGUCCAGGGCCACGUGGACACGACGGCGGCGGUGGUGUCGGUGACGCCGGACGGCAACGCGCUGACGGUGCGGCUGGCGCCCGCGUCGCUCGACGCGCUCAAGUACGUCGUGCAUAAGGGGUACGUGGCGCUCGACGGGACGAGCCUGACGGUGACGCGGGUGGACGACGCCGAGGGCUGGUUCGAGAUCAUGCUUAUCGCGUAUACGCAGGAGAAGGUGGUGCUGGCGCGCAAGGUCGCGGGGGACUCGGUCAAUCUGGAGGUGGAUGUGCUGGCCAAGUAUGCGGAGAAGAGCAUGGCGGGGUAUUUGGGCGCGCAGGGCGAGUUGUUGGUUAAGCCCAUGUUGGAGCAGGUGGUGCAGAGUUUGGUCGCGCAGGCUAUGGGGGGGCAUUCGUGA